AUGUCGAACCCUUCGUUGCCUCCCUUUCGCGACUCCCUAUUGGGCGCGCUCGGAUGCACCAAGAACCUGGUUUGCUACACCGACGAUGCCUCCCUUGUCGUCGAGCAACUGCGCAAGCAGAAGCUCCCCUACGUGAUUUGGGACAACUACGACAACAUCGAAUCGCGCGAAAAACCCUUCAACGCUCACAUACUGGUGCUUCCAAACCUCGACAAGACCCUGGGUUGGCAGCAGGACCGUCUCGGCCGCUACUUGCAAGAUAUGCGCGCGCUCGACCCAACGCCCUUCUUCAUCGCUAUAGCCACUGUCUCCAGCUCCUUCGUGCCUCACCGCCACAUGACCGCGUACCUCAAGCGCCAGUUCUGGUUUGCGUGUGCUGAGCCACAGCCAGGUUCACAAGAUGUCCUAUCCAUUGACGAGGCCAGUUUGGCACGCUACCGUGCCGCACUGGCUGAGGUCUUCGUGCAUCCGUCCGUGCGUCGCUACGUGCUCGACUUGAUCAUCCACAUUCGCGUCCAUCGGCUCGCAAAACAGGCUACGGGAGGCGGAUGCUCCACCAAUGCCCUGAAGGACAUGUUGGCGGUCUGUCAAGUGCUAGCGUUACUCCAAGGUAAGUCGUUUGUGAUUCCUGACAUCGUAAAAACCGCCUCCAUGUGGUAUUUCCCAUUCCACAUCGAUCUCAUCGAAGAUCCAGCCGACGAGAUCUCGCUUCAGUACGGAAGCGACCCUGCACUAGUCGCGGAUCUCGUUCACAAAUUACAGAACUUUUCGCUUUCCAAAAGUGUGGAAACGAACUACCCUCUUUAUUUUCAGUUCAUGGUAUUGCGUGAUGUCCUAAGUAACGUCAUUCCCGCCAUAUGA